AAACUAAAGCCGUUGAAUUGACAGUAAAAGCUGGGUAAAGGUUAUUGGACUCAGCGCCUACGGUAUUGUUCACAAAGGUUUUAAUCUUGAGACUAAUCAAAUUGUAGCAAUAAAGAGACUGCAUACUUUUUUUUAACUGCAAAAAUGGUGUCCCAUAUACAACAAUCCUAGAAAUCUUAAUGCUGACAGAGAUGGAUCGCAUAAACAUUGUCAAGUAAGUUAUUUCUUUGGAGUUCUGAUUAAAAAAAAAAACCCAUUAAAAAUCUAAUCAAUGUCUUUGUUUUUUACUUUAUAUAUUUGAUUAUAUACUUUCUUAACAAAAGCUAGGUUAACAGGCUGCUGGAUGUAUGAAGCAAUAUAAAAAAUGAAUGGUAUAUCCAUUUUGAAUAUUUGGACCUUGAUUUGGAGAAAUACAUGGUGGCUUAUCCGGAGAGAUUGUCGCAAUUCACACAUUUUUUUCUCCUCAUAAUGUAAUCGAAACGGAGUGUCCAAAAACUCAAUUAUCAGAUUUGUAAUUUCUCUAGAAUGGAGGUGCUAAUAUUACUUUGCUUCUGUGAGGCAGGAGCAUACAGUGAUCGAGUCAAAGCCUGAUCAUUUUCUGGAUGAUCUCUUGCUAAAUAGCCCAUGGCCUGAGCUGAGAAGCUUACAUCUUAAGUGAGAAGCUGAUUGCAUGUUUAUCAAUGAUAGCUUUGCAGAAACAACUGACUUGAAUGUGGCUGAUUCUGUUGUCUAUAAACACACACCAUAUGUUAUCAUUCUUUUGAAAGUGGCAGAUGAGUGGGCCAAAACUCAUGGUGGAAGCCUUCCAUCAACCAGGGAAGAGAAAAAGGAGUUCAAGGAACUGAUAAGAGCCAGGAUGAGAGCAAUGGAUAAAGACAACUACAAAGAAGCGGUUGAGGCUUCAUUUAAAGUAUUUGCUCCUCGGGGUAUUAGUUCAAAUCUACAGCGUAUAAUUAAUGAUAGUCGUGCUGAUGUUGAUUCUAAUUCAUUUGAUUUUUGGGUGAUGGUGGCAGCUCUAAAGGUAUAUAAUCAUCAUUUUGGUGAAGAUGAUGGAUGACUUGAUGGAAGCUGAAGAGAGUUGUGGAUGAAGUUAUUUUCAGAGAAUUUGGAGAGCACACUGAUUAUUAUUAUUAUUAUUUUUGUAUUGUCAUAUUGUGUUUU